CUUGCAGCCUUCUUCUGCUUCCUCCUGACUGCUCUGGGUGUGACAGCUGGUGCCCAUCGCUUGUGGAGCCACAGGUCCUACAAGGCCAAGCUGCCUCUGAGGAUAUUUCUGGCUGUUGCUAACUCCAUGGCUUUCCAGAACGACAUCUUCGAGUGGGCCAGGGACCACCGAGUCCACCACAAGUACUCCGAGACAGACGCUGACCCCCACAACGCCCGCCGGGGCUUCUUCUUCUCCCACAUCGGGUGGCUGUUUGUUCGCAAGCAUCGAGACGUCAUCGAGAAGGGGAGAAAGCUUGACUUCACCGACCUGCUUGCCGAUCCUGUGGUCCUGUUCCAGCGAAAGUACUACAAGGUCUCUGUGGUGCUCAUGUGCUUUGUGGUCCCCACGCUGGUGCCCUGGUAUGUCUGGGGAGAGAGUGUGUGGAAUUCUUACUUCCUGGCCUCCAUCCUCCGCUACACCAUCUCACUCAACAUCACCUGGCUGGUCAACAGCGCCGCCCACAUGUAUGGAAACCGUCCCUACGACAAGCACAUCAGCCCCCGGCAGAACCCACUUGUCACUCUGGGCGCCAUUGGUGAAGGCUUCCACAAUUACCAUCACACCUUUCCCUUUGACUACUCUGCAAGUGAAUUUGGCUUAAAUUUCAACCCAACCACCUGGUUCAUUGACCUCAUGUGCUGGCUGGGGCUGGCCACUGAUCGCAAACGGGCAACCAAGCCAAUGAUCGAGGCCCGGAAAGCCAAGACUGGAGACGGCAGCUCCUGAACCUGGAGCAGCCAACCAGCGCAUCCGCCCUUGACACCUGAGUUCAUGGCUUUUGUUACUAUAGUUCUCCUGUUCUUUAGAUCAUGGGAAGGGGUAGAAGGUUGGGAGGAAUCUAUGUGGUUUGGGAAUUUUUGUUUGUCUCAUAAUAGUGUCGAAAUGUAACUAUCAAUGAAAAAAAUUUUUAAGCCAAUAUUACUGUGAUUUACCAUUAGAGUGUGGAUGUGUGAUUUAAUUGCUGAACCUACAAUAUGUCAAAUCUACAUUGUCAUGUGCUUGUACAUGAUGUUAUCCCUGAUGGGGUGAAGGAAUUUAAUAUUCUUUCAGGGUGAUUCAGGAGACCAUUUGUUUUAUUUUCUACCAAUUAACCAACCUAGUAUUGCUUUUAAACACACUAUCUGAAGGAGCAGAGAGGCAGGUUAGAAGACAAAAAAGGGGUCAAUGUCAUAACUAAAGAAUGUUUCUGUUUUGUAAUCAUUGUGUGUGGGGUUUUUUGUUUGUUUAAGUAAGAGAAUUGAAAACUUAAAAAAAUGAGAAUAUAGAAAAUGGCUCUUGUAUUUUUUUGUCCUAUUUACAGCUUGUUAAUGCUCCACUGUCUUUGCUUCAAGAGAGCUUUGUUCAAUGCCCAGCUAGUUUAGUUUCCCCAGCCAUACACCCAGCCCACUCCAUAAAUCAGUGCCUCUUUAGAUGUUUGAUUUUGCUCUCUUCGCUAUUGUUAUUUUAAAGGUGGUAUAACUCAGACAUGCCAGACACCAAAUUAAGCUCAAAUUAAGCUCUCAUUUAAAUGUUUAGAUACCUAAUUUAUAUUGUAAUUGGUCCCAGCCACUGAUGCAUGUACUUUAGCUACUCCUCCUAAAUAAGCAUAUUAAUUUUCCACACCAGGCCAUCAGAUCUUAAUAACCGACAUUUUUCUAGAACUCCAUGUCUGCUAAUGUUUCACCUGCAUGCGGCCUUCAUUGAUUCUGCAGCAAAAUAUAAAGUGAUGAUUAUGUAGCUUCUGAAUUUAAAAAAUUUUUGUGUGUUAAGUUGCUUGUAAAGAGCAUGUUCAAUUAAUGGGACAGCAUGCCCUUUGUGUUAGAUGUUAGACCAAAAGAAAGUUCUUAUAGUGUUGGUAUUGGGGUACUUUGAAGAUAGAUAUUUUUCACGAAAGAUGUAGGAUUUAAAAUUUAAAAUUUAAAUUUUACAAAAAGAAAUGACAACAAUUGGAAGUUGUCAUAAUGAAGUUCUUCAUCCAGUAGGUGUUUAACAGUGUUAUUUUGCCAUUAAUAAUGUGUAAGCUAUGAGUUAUUUACAAUAAAUGAUUAUGGAUUCGUUGGUGUUCUC